ACCCAUUAAAAAAGCAAAGAACCAAACAAAGCAACACGAAUCAUCAGUCCAAACUCCAAACUACUCCCCCAAAAAGCAGCUGCCUUCCCACAACAACCACUUCUACCAAAAACACUUGACACUUAACAAAACUUAGCUUCACAGUACCCAGAUCUAUAAACCUCUUAAUCACACUUUUUGCAUUGGGAUUUUAAAUUAUUUCACAUUUUUGCAUAAAAAAGUUGUCAUUUUUAUUGCAUUAGGAAAAAAAAAUUGUUGGUGCAGGAAAAAAGAUGCAGAGUAUUGCCAAAGUGGUAUGCUUUACAAGUUUUUUGAUUCUAUUUUUCAUCUGGAAAUACUAAGUCUUUUGGUGCAAGUGCUAAAGUAGAUCUCUAGUUCAGUCAUGGGAAGCCAGCAGCUGGUUUUGUGCUGUUUGUUGUUGUUGGCUUGUCUUCCAUCCAUUUUGGCUCAAGAAAUUGCGGGUGCCAUUUUGCGUGUCGAUGGCGGUCAUGUUAUGGCCGAGACAGAUGAAAAUUAUGUCUGUGCUACGGUUGAUUGGUGGCCUCAUACUAAGUGUGACUAUAAUCAAUGCCCAUGGGGAUACGCUUCGAUAAUGAACUUGAAUCUAUCUCAUCCACUUCUUGCAAAAGCUGUGCAAGCUUUCACACAUUUGAGAGUAAGACUUGGGGGUUCCUUGGAAGACCAAGUAGUAUAUGAUGUUCCAAGUUUGAAGCUUCCUUGUCAUCCGUUUUGGAAACAAUCUAGUGGAUUAUUUGGUUUUUCGAGGGGAUGCUUGCACUUGGGUCGUUGGGAUGCCCUGAAUCAUUUCUUCAGUCAGUCAGGUGCAAUUAUUACUUUUGGCAUAAAUGCACUCUAUGGAAGAAAGAAAUCCAAAAAUGAUGUUUGGAUUGGACCUUGGGACUCUAGCAAUGCUUAUGAUUUUAUGAAGUACACUAUCUCCAAGGGUUACCACAUUGAUUCAUGGGAAUUCGGUAAUGAGUUGAGUGGAAGUGGUGUUGCUGCAAGAGUUGAUGCAGCACAGUAUGGGAAAGAUUUGAUCAAACUAAAAAGAAUCAUUGAUGAAUUGUACACAAAGUCACCCUCGAAACCUUCACUUUUAGCACCCGGAGGAUUUUUCAGUGAGAAGUGGUUUUCUCAGCUUCUCCGAGUUACAGGGCCAGGAGUACUUAAUGGCUUGACACAUCAUAUUUACAAUCUGGGUCCAGGUAAUGAUCCUGAUCUUAUGAAUAAGAUAUUGGACCCUCAUCACUUGAGUAAGAUAUCAAAAACAUUCGAUGUUCUCAAUAAAACAAUCCACGAAUUCGGUCCUUGGGCUCAUGCUUGGGUUGGUGAAGCUGGUGGUGCUUAUAACAGUGGAGGUCGUCUUGUUUCUGAUGCCUUUAUUGACAGUUUCUGGUACUUAGAUCAGCUUGGAUUAGCUGCCACAUACAAUACCAAAGUCUAUUGUAGACAGGCAUUGAUCGGUGGCAAUUAUGGCCUCCUCAAUAAAAACACAUUUGUCCCUAACCCAGACUACUACAGUGCACUUCUGUGGAAUCGAUUAAUGGGAAAGAAGGUUCUUCCUGUUGAUAAUGUUGCUUCACCUUACUUACGCUCAUAUGCCCACUGUGCAAAAGGAAGAGCUGGUAUUACUUUGCUCUUAAUCAAUCUAAGCAAGAACACCAGUUUUAUUGUCAAACUGCAAAACACAAUGAACAAAGACUUGCAUAUAUCUAAUGAUAUGAUCUUCAAAGAAGAUUCCUUGACGCGUGGCCUUAAGAAGACGGUUUCUUGGGUUGGAAGCAGAGCCUCGGAUGGACAAUUGCAUCGAGAGGAAUAUCAUUUGACACCCAAGGAGGGACACUUGCAGAGCCAAACUAUGGUGCUGAAUGGGAAACCUUUGCAGAUAUCAGAACAUGGAGAUAUUCCUGUUCUGGAACCUGCGUUUGUUGCUGUAAAUUCUCCUCUAUAUAUUUCUCCAUUGUCUAUUUCCUUCGUAGUCUUUCCCUACUUUGAUGCUCCAGCGUGCAAGCGUUGAUUCUUUUCUCGAUAUGGUCACUAAAGUGACUCGCCCACAGUUGCUUCAUAUAGGUUAGAUUCUUUGUGCUCUGUGCUGCUGUAAUUAUCAACAAUCACAAUUACUUUAUCAGUCAUUUUCCAUGAAUUUUUUGAGGAAUAAAGAAAGUUAAUAGUUAUUUUGAUU